AUGGAAGGCGAAUCGAAGAAUCCUAAGCACUUAAUAUCUUCGAUCAAGAAAUUUAAUACAGACGAAAAAGAUCGCGAUACUAUUAAAACUCUUUUGAAAGAUUUUAUCUUAUCCGAUUAUAAUAACAUGGCUAUAAAACAAAAACCGAGCUUAAACGAAAAGUGUAUAUACUCAGUACCAAUGAAGCCCUCACUCUCACCCACAAAUCAAAGAUUCAAAUCAAUUGAUGAAGCAAAACAAGCUUUCUUAAAUUCCUCCGUAAAUACUUCAACCUCACCCCGCAGUAAAGCAGAAAAAGAAACAACAUUACACUAUGCACAAAUAGUAUCUGUUACAGAAAGUGAUGAUACAAGAAGCACCGGUGGAGGUACAGAACUAAAAUCGCCACACAAAAAUAAACAACCUACAAAUAUUAAGAAAAAAAUAGAACAACAACAAAGGAAAGUAAGUUUUAAAGUUAAAAAUGCAUCUGCAUCUUACAGACGUCCACCUCUAGUAACAAAAACAACAAUGACGAUAACUAGUAGCAAAGUGUCUGAGCUAACAAAAAAAUUUAAUGACUUAAUGCAUGAAGAUACCAAUGGGUCCAUUUCUCAAUCGAAAAUAGUAAAAACAAUAGAAAACUUACAAACCUCAUCACGUUGCUCUGCAAGUAGUUGCUCUACACCUUCAUCGACUCUUAGUUCUAGUCCAAAUAUUAAAAUAGUUGUGCGUCAUAGAAAAAGCUCUAAAAGACGAACCCAUAGAAAAAGAUGUUCUAGUGUAGAUUCAAUUGAUAAAUUUAUUUUAUCUGAAGGCUCAAGUGGUAAAAUCCGCGUAUUACGUUCAAAAUCUGAUGGUAACAAAAUUCCCAAGUCACCAAAAAAGCGGUUAAAAUAUCAAGACUCCAGUGAACAACAAAGUGGCUCCGAUACUGUUGAUGGCAGCCCAAAAAAAGAAAAUAAUACAGAAUCUCCUAAAGAGAACUCUCUUGAAAUACCAGUUGAAACUAAUGUAAGAAAUGUUAUUAAAAAAUUUGAAUGUGAAAUAAGUGCACAAACAAACCUUCAAAGUAAUACCAUUAAAAAAUCAAGUACUCCAACUUCUUAUAUGCUACCUGCUAAAGAAAAACCUAAAGUACCUGAAAAGAAAUCUUCUUUAGUGUUAACAAAAAAUCUAGUUUUAAAGGACGGUGUUCCUAAAAUAAAAACAGUUAAAACGAUUACUGCCGAUUUUCAAGCAAAACAAGCAGUCACUACUUACCCAUCAGAACCAAAAAAGAAAGAACAAAUUUACGAUAAAAAGAAAUUUAAGACUAAUUAUAUACAUUCCGAAAAACUGCCUCUCCAUCUUGUUGAAAUUAUACAAGAAGACGUCAAUGAACAUUUAAGCACAACUAAAUCUGAAGCAGAUUUAUCUUUAAUUUCUUCCUCCGUGGAUGAGAAUAAUAUAUAUCAAGACGUAAAUACACAAAUUAUUCCGAACGAUUCAUUUUUAUGGCGAAGAAAAAGCUCUCAAAUUUAUUCUGAACUUGAUAAUUCGGCAUCUGAAAGUACAUAUGGUUUUGUAAGUGUUAUAAUGAAUGAAAACACUUUGAGCUGUGAUGAAGAAGAAAUAAAAAGUACUCAAGAGCAAUCUCAUAAAGAAGAAAUUGUAGAAUCUCAAGUAAAUACUGAAAAACUGCAUGAAGAUCGUGAGUCUAACUCAGACUUUGAGGGUAAUUUAAUUGAAGCUUGCAAUAAAGAAAUUCUUAUCAGCUACACUUCAAAAACAAAGAGCGACCCGGUUAUUGAAGAUGAUUACGAACCACUAGAACCACGUGAUGAUGAAAACGUAGUAGUCAUACCUGUAAAAACAGACAGAAGUUCUAAAAUAAACUGCCCAUUACCUGAAAUACCUAAAGAACCAGAAGUAAGUGAUGUAAACGAAGGCGAAAACAUCUACCAAUGCCUUCUAGAAAUGAGAUCACAUCCCGAAGGCGAUGAAAGUAGUCUUCAUAAUUACGAGUUAUGUGGUCAGCUUGAAGAGCGAACACGAGGAGAUGGUGACAGUGAUGAUGGCUACGAGUAUUGUAAAUCACCUGUUAAACCGUACUGCCAUACAUCCAGCUCGGGCAUUCAAAUCGCCGAAAAUUACAACCCUUAUUUGUGCAAAAAUAACAAUAAAAACUAUUCUAUCACGAAGUCAGUCAGUGGUGCCUCUACAGUUAGCUAUGAAAAAAUCGGUUCAGAUAGAAUUUACGAAAAAAUUCCGCCCCGACCGCCGAAAUCUAAAGAAAGUAGUCCGAAUUAUAGCAGUCGGCAUUCAUUCGUAUCUUCGGACUAUAAUGAUAAUGAAAACAUUUAUGACACUAUAAAGCAUGGUGAUGGUGCAUCGUUGUCCCAUUGUUACGAGAGUAUUCCAAAUAGCCCGAGUAUGGUAAAACUUAGGAAUAAUUUGAAAAAACAGCUUGCAUCUACUGUACAGAAGAGGCUAUCAUUUGACAAUGUUUCUAACAUAAGUCAGUCCACUCUAUCUAGUGAACAAAAAACAAACAGUAUUUACGGUCAAAGAUCUGUGCUUAGUUAUAACGGACAAGAGAUUGCUUUCCAAGUCCCAAGCAGUGAGACGAGUGUGAGCGAUCGAAGUGAUAGAAGCGACGAUUGGGUGGACGUGUCCGACGAAGAGAAGGCUGAACAAAAGAAAAUAAUUAUCGUCCGUGAAAGGAGUAGAGGUAGAAAAAGUCCUGUCAGCUGGUCGCAAAAAGUCCGCCACCAAUGGGAAAAUACGCCGAAGAAAUCCGAAGAUAAAGACUGCGACAGCAGUGACUCCGGCCACGUGUACGAGUCGCUGGAGCCGGCGCCGACGCUGCCGCCCCUACCUGCUCUCCCCACACCGAUACCUGAUGAUGACUUCGACUCGUUCGAUAGUGACUCCGACUCGGAACAUGAAACGACUUUCCAACCGGAAGUACCCCCUGCGCUUCCGGCGUCUCGCCUGCCGCCGCCCCCCGGCGGUGGUCACACCCUCACCAAGAUAGCCAACGCCGCGCAACGCAAGAUGAGGCAGAUUAAAAGAAAUCUCACAAAACGAUAUACUGUGGCAAUGGACGGAAAACCGUUCACAAAAUCUUCAAGCAACCAAAACGGGACAUAUGACGUGCCGAAAAACCAAACAAAAACAAAAUCCCCCAUCUACGCCAACUGUGAAAAGCCUGAGGUCCAACACGUGUACAGCAAUAUCAACUUUAAUGACACUAAAAAUGUUUUAAAUAAGACUGAAAAUCCUCUGGCCAAAAUAACCGGUACAUUUAAAGAGGAGCUGAAAACUGUGAUAGGAGAAAAAGGCGGAAAGACUGGUACAGAUAAGGGUAUAAACAGAAACGGGGUCACUGAUAAAGUUGGAAAUAAGGGUAUAUAUGAAAAAGCUGUGAAUAAAGGCAUUUAUGAAAAGGGACCAAAUAGAACAAUCAACUCUGAAAAGAGGAAUAGUAAUGGGGAUGUACCGCCGCCAUUGCCAGAUAAACCCCCACCAGAGAAGCCCACAACCCCAACAAGCGAUACGAAAAGUAGUACGUUAUCUCGAAAAGCAUAUUUCUCUUUCAAAUCUAGAUUUCGAAGACCGACAUCAGUAGCAAUAGAUAUAAAUUCAGAUGUUCCUAGUGCUUUGAAGAUAACGAAUUCGACAUUUUAUCUGACUGAUUCUAUGGAUGGUGACUCGGGGUUCAGCAACUGCAGCGACACAGCGGACACACUCUCGCCAGCAUCCCGCCGCGACGGUAGGCUUCGCGCGUGGUCGGAGUCCUCCCCGUGCCUCGCACUGGAGAGGCCCACCCUGCCGCCCCCGCCGCCCCCGCCACUCCCGACACACACUGACCUUAGCGCUGUUAACGAAGAACUGAAGCGGCUUCUGCCGACGCUAUCCCGUAAGGAGAAGGGCCCGCGCACGCGCACCUCGUGGUACGCGGAGUGCGGGGCAGACGCACCUGCACAAACUUCGACAUCAUCUUGGUACGCCGAAGCGGGUCUGUACCAAGCGGGCAACAUCUCCUCAUCAUCAGGUGCCUCCUCAGGAUCUCAUCCAGCAUCGCCACUCCCACACUCACUGUUCACGCACGAACCACUUUAUCAAUUCUACAACGCCGCUAAAGUUGAGUCGGCGUGUCGUGAGACAGGCGAUUCGGACUCUGACGCGUACGAGACGGGGGGCUCCGUCGCGUCCACUAGCUCGCGGCCCUCCGCCAUGGCGCUAGUGGCGCCGCGCGGCCCCGCUCGCACGCUGUGGUGCGAGGUGCCGGAGGUCGUCAACUCUACUGUACUUAGUUCUCUUGCACCUGCCCAAAAGAAACUACAAGAGGCGAAGUUCGAACUGCUCACGUCGGAGGCCUCGUACCUGAACUCGCUGAAUGUUCUCGAAACACAUUUCAUCUCACACCCCGCCUUCCGCGACCCGCACGUACUGCCCAGAGAAGAUUGGGAAACAUUAUUCGCAGCUAUACUACCAGUACGAAAAUGUUCGCAAAUGCUAAUGACGGACCUCGAACGGUGUUGGCAAGAAAACAUCCUUCUCCAAGACAUUUGCGACAUCGUCCAGCGCCACGCUGAAGCGCGGUUCCACGCUUACGUUAAAUACUGUGAAAACCAGCCGCUGAUGGUGAAAGCGCUGCAGCGCUUGAGGGAACGACCGGCCUUUGCUGCAGCGCUGAAACGACUGGAGAGCCACCCGGCGUGCCAGAGCCUGUCGCUGCACUCGUUCCUGCUGCUGCCGAUGCAGCGCGUGACGCGGCUGCCGUUGCUGCUGGACGCCGUGCUGCGCCAGCUCGCGCCGCAGGACCGCGAGUACGCGGGCGCCAUGCACGCGCUCGGCACGCUCAGUGACUUCGUGUCGCAGUGCAACGAGGGCGCGCGCACGACGGAGCGCGUGGAGGAGCUGUGGCGCGUGUCGGCCGCCAUCCACGUGCCCGCCGCGCUGCGCCGCGCGCCCGAGCUGGCGCCCGCGCUAGCGCGCCGCGACCGCAAACCAAUAAGAUGGCUAGUGCGUUCCGGCGAAAUGACUCAUCUGUUGUGGAAGACCGAUGAACUCAAGCUGACGUUCGGCAAAAAGUUCCACAAAGUACCUCUACAUCUCUUCCUGUUCAACGAUCAUCUCGUUAUUACUAAGAAAAAGGGCGAGGAGUCGUACGUGGCGGUGGACCACUGCCCGCGCUCGCUGGUGGAGGUGUGCGGCAGCGACGCGGCGGCCGGCGCCAAGCACGCGCUGCUGCUCACGCUGCUCGAGAACCACGAGGGCCGCACCGUCGAGAUGCUGAUGUCGUGCCCGAGCGAGACGGACCUGCGGCGCUGGGCGGAGGCGCUGGCGCCGCCCGCGGCCGCCGCCGGCGAGACGCUGUACGCGGGCUGGGACUGCCCGCAGGUGGCGGCGCUGUACGCGUACGCGCCGCGCCAGCCCGACGAGCUCGCGCUCGCGCAGGGCGACGUCGUCAACGUCACCAGGAAGACUAGCGAGGGUUGGUACUACGGCGAGCGCACGCGCGACGGCGAGGCGGGCUGGUUCCCGGGCGCGUACGCGGCGGAGAUCGCGUCCCCGCACGUGCGCGCGCGCAACCUGCGCCAGCGCUACCGCCUGCUCGCGCUCUCCGCCACCUACCUCGGCCAGAAGAAGAAACCUAUCUCC